CUGCACGCGUUUGUGGAGGCGGCAGACAAUAUGGGGCGAUUGAACACACAUCUGCAUUGGCUGGUCUCUUCCCAAAUGACUGCGGAAAGACAAAAUGUAUCAGCGAUAAAAGUCAGUCAUGCAAAAAUCCGAUAAAAUGCCCAAAGUUUAAUUAUAGCCCAAAUUCAAAUAUAGAAAUUACAAAACAAGUUCAGACUCUUUGACGGAUGGGACACUAACAUCUUGAAUAGAGUGAAAUUAUUUAAGUUAUUUUCCCUUCACGUACUUUGUUUUCUUUUUAAGUAACCCACAGCAUCUCCUAGUGAGAGCUCUGUCGUGUUUGCUUGUUCUCUCUGUGCGAGCAACUUUCAGCGUCAAGGGUGGACGUGAUAUUUCAAACAUCAGAUCAGUACGUUUAUGUAUUGGGUGCCCGGAAAUUUUUCCAAAUAAACACAGCUUGAUUCAACUUGGGUGGGCAGACUUAUCAACAGACUAAUUCUAUAAACAAAUGAGGGAAUAACCCGGCACACCAUUGGCUGGUACGCUAGGGACACGCGGGGAGAGAGCCGGGGCUUUCGGCAAUGAAAUUUUAAUUAAUGUGGGUGGGCUGGGAACACGGCGAGUGUUUAUCAUAGACAAUUUAUUUUCCAGAGCUAAGUCAACAUAAAACAGCAAACGUACAACAAUUAUUGAACAUUUUAGACGCAUGAGGACGGGACGCGGCAGGAGUCUCGCAGUCUUUGCAGGAGCAGCUCUUGAUGCGGGCUCUAGACCUCCGGACUCGCAGCUGGAAGAAGCGAGACUAAGUAGUAAUGAGCUUGUACCACAGUCGAGUGCCCCAGCUCGGUGUGCCCUCCUCGGCUCUCUCGCUCUCCAAUUCAUCCUUGAUUUAUGUGUAUGGAAGUGAGGGCGGGGGGCUGAUUCCAACGUUGGGGUUUGCGUCUCCUCGACAGGAGCCUCCGCAGAAACCUCCGUACAGCUACAUAGCACUUAUAGCGAUGGCCAUCAAAAACUCGCCGGAGAAGCGUGCCACUCUGAGUGGUAUCUACCAGUUCAUCAUGGACCGUUUUCCUUUCUACCAUGACAACAAGCAGGGCUGGCAAAACUCGAUCCGACACAACCUGUCGCUGAACGACUGCUUUAUUAAAGUUCCGAGGGAAAAGGGGCGACCUGGGAAAGGCAGUUAUUGGACACUUGAUACGAAGUGUCUUGACAUGUUUGAGAAUGGGAACUACAGGCGGAGGAAAAGAAAGUCCAAAGGCCAAGACGUGGGGGACGCCAAACCGAGCCAUAAGAGGAGUAAAGUCCCAGUCGCUCAGCAGCAUUGCGUUCCUAAAACGGACACUUGUACGCACGCGACGCGCGAGGAUUCACCUCAGGGAGAGAGGACGUUCAGAGACUCAGGAAAGAAACACAAAGAACAGAAAAAUGAAGACACGAAGCCAGUCCUCGGUGAGAUGAACAGGGUUCAAAUUCAACAGAACACAUCAGUUCAUUACCCAGAUUUGAGCGCACACAGCAAAUAUCACCCGGCAGGCUCGUCUCAGGACUGUCACCCAGCGGUCCCGAAUCUGCACAGCAAUCAUGUUACAGAUGCAAGUACACCAUGGCACGAGGCAGCGAGGCUUGGCGCUCAAGCAGCCCAUACCGGCGAGACGGAGAGCCGAAACCCCGCUACUGCCGACAAGAAGGAUUCAAGCGUCUCGUUAGAUUCAAGGAGAAGUGCACUUAUCUCCGAAGCAGAAUCCAAGCUGUGCGUUCCUUCAUUCAAUCCCAUUAAAACUACAGACAAAUCCAACGGUUUCAGCAUAGAGAACAUAUUGUCUAAAAGAGCCACGACAACCCAGCGCAGGUGCAGUUUCGGGGGCUCCGUUGCGCCUUGCUUGGAGACGCGCAAUCACGCGCUUACCUCUUCUGUGCUCCUUGGCGCGCGCAACCCGCGGUUGUAUUCGAUGGGAUUUCCACUCUGCUCCUAUUUGUCUCUCACUUGUCCCGAAAACGUCCUUCACCUCAGUUGAGUCUCACCUGGGAAAUUGUUUUCCCUAUCAAACCUAUUUGAGCAGCUUAAUCCAAAGAAACAUUUUGGAGAGCAUUUUGGACUGUUCUCUAGUCAAUGUGUCUUUCCAUUUAUCCAGUAUGCUUUUCACUGUUUAUAGAUGAAGUGUAUGCCUACCAUUUUAGACACUUCUAAAUUCCGAAUGUGUUUUGAAAGCUAAGUGUGUGGUGUAAUUCCUAUGACUAUAAACCAUUGCCAUAACAGUUUUAAAUGAAGACGUAUGGGAUCCCAACCCCAUAUAUACUGAAGGUACUGCAUUGGGAAAAAUGCAUAAUAAUAAUGAUAAUAAUGAUAAUAAUAAUAAAAAUAUUAUAGCUCAUAUUAAACAGCACUGCCUUUUUCUGAUCCUUGCUAUUUCUAUUAAUGGAAUAGCAACUCCAGACAGAGUCAUUCCAUUCAAGUUCUGCACUUGGUUUGCUUUGGUGUCCUAGUUACCCUAGUUGGUGACACAUCAUCAUUGUGGAAAGUGAAUAAAUGUGCUUCUGUUGAGGGCCAUUUUUGGAAAGAUGUGUCCCGGUGGAAGGUUCACUCCUUUGUAAGUGUUUGAAUAAGCCACUGGACAUUAAAUAAAGGAUGCGGAGACAUGUUGUACAAUUGGAUUCUAAAAUGAUCUGUCAGUUCCCAUCUGUCAGGUUUUUAUUUGUUAUGUUUGGGUGGAGCCACACUGGGGAGGUAUAUAUGUAAUUUGUUUUACUUAAAAUGAACGUAUCCCUGGAAAAGGCCUCACUCUAACCUCUGUUAAAGCACAUAAGUGGUUUCUUGCAUUGCCGAUAUAAAUGUUUCUUUUAAAAAGCCUAUACUGUAUUUUCACAUCUGAACCAAAUGCUCAUCUGACAGUGUUUUGACCAUGAAGUGACUGCUUUUCAGAUAUCAAUAAAAAUGUUGAAAAGUU